AUGAACAACAGAGACCGCUGCAAGGUGUACAAGAGGGUUGCUGUCAUGUUCUGCCUGGCAGUGGUGGCACUGACUGUUUUCCAAAGAGGAAGUGUCAACAUGGGGGCUCCAUUCCAACUUGAGAGGCGGGCUCGUAUGGAUUCAUCGGAGGGAGCAGAGUCCGGAUUUUUACUCUCCUCUCAAAGGAUAAAAGGUUUUUGGAAGGCGAGCAAACAAAAGCCUCUCCGGCUGAGUCGGUCUACCACAGAGGAACCUAGUAUUACUGAAAUCAACAGCGCUACAACCUGGGAUAUAACCAGCUCUAACUGUAGCGCCAACCUCAAUCUCUCAGGCCAGGAUUGGUUUCGUGGACUCGAGGAAAAUUUCAAGCAGUUCAUGCUCUAUCGACACUGUCGUUACUUCCCAAUGCUCCUCAACCAUCCCGAGAAGUGCUCAGGUGACAUAUAUUUACUCAUGGUAAUCAAGUCAGUGGCCACCCAGCACGACCGAAGAGAAGUCAUUCGAAAAACCUGGGGGAAGGAGCGAGUGUUGAAUGGAAAGACAAUAAAGACGCUAUUCCUUCUUGGUAAACCGUCCAAUCACGCUGAAAGGGCAAACCAUGAGAAGCUUGUAGAGUAUGAGAACCGCAUCUAUGGUGACAUCCUCCAGUGGGGCUUCUUGGAUAGUUUCUUCAAUCUUACACUGAAGGAGACACAUUUUCUCAAAUGGUUCCACACAUACUGCCCAAAUGUUCGCUACAUCUUCAAGGGGGAUGACGAUGUCUUCGUCAAUGUGGAGAACAUUUUCGAGUUCCUAGACAGCACUAGCAAUACAAGGAAUCUCUUCGUAGGGGAUGUGAUUUUCAAGGCGAGACCAAUCCGUAAAAAGGAAAAUAAGUACUACAUCCCACAAGCUCUUUAUAACAAGACCCAUUACCCUCCGUAUGCUGGUGGAGGGGGGUUUCUAAUGGACAGAACAGUGGCAAGACGGCUUCACUGGGUUGCAGACACCCUGGAGUUGUAUCCCAUUGAUGAUGUCUUCUUGGGUAUGUGCCUUGAGGUCCUUCAGGUCACGCCAAUAAAACAUAACGCCUUUAAGACUUUUGGCCUCGUGAAAAACAAGAGCAGUAAAUUAAACAGAGAGCCAUGUUUCUUUCGGAGUAUGAUUGUUGUGCACAAACUGCUCCCAACGGAACUAAGACACAUGUGGAAUCUAGUCAACAGUGACCUGAUCUGCUCUCAAAAAGUUGAGAUCCUAUAG